AUGCCAGGAAGCGAAGCUUUUCGGGCGCUGAGAUGGCUCUCACGGAGCCCCAAUGGUCUGCUUUCAGGACCUGAGGCCCUGACUCAACGAUGCCUGUCUACACCCUUCUCGCGAUCAAUGGCAACCGAAGCCCAACCCGCUUCUGAAUACAUCACCAAGGAAUCCCCGGCCGCCGCUAGAGCGACAUGGAACCCUGAGCCGGUGAAGGCGACCGCCUACUCUUUCCCUUCGAUGGAACCCAUCCGUUUUGUCGAAUACCCUCGCAACCACCUUUCAAUGCCUCUCCGGAAGGACCUCCUUCACCGAGCCGUCGUCUACGAGGGUGACAUGACCCGACAAGGUACAGCAAGCACCAAGUGGAGGGACGAAGUGUUUGGUAGCAACAGAAAGCUGGCCCCUCAGAAGGGAACCGGUCGGGCGCGUGUAGGUAACAAGAAGUCGCCAAUUCGAAAGGGAGGAGGUGUUGCCUUUGGACCUCACCCUCGGGAUUUCUCUUCGAGUCUGCCCCAGAAGAUCUACGACCAAGCAUGGCGGACAGCUCUCAGCUACCGAUACAAGCGCGGCCAGCUGAUUAUCAUCGACAACGAGAUCUCUAUUCCUGACGAUGCCACUCCGCACCUGAUCCAGGAGCUGUUCAAGACCAACAACUGGGGCCAGGAGUUUGGUCGGUCGACGCUGAUCACAGAGCGUGAGAACGAGGCCCUCUUCUCCGCGGUGCAGGAAGUUGGAAAGCAUGCCAAGAUCCUGCACCGUCUGGAUGUCGAUGUCAAGGAUUUGCUGGAGACAGGGAGAUUGAUCAUUGAGAAGCAGGCGUUGGAUCGCAUUUUGGCACAGCAUUCGAGGGACCUGAACAACACGCCUGCCAAGGCUCUGUAUUAA